AUGCAACUCCUCUGCUGGUGGCAAGUACUGCUGUGGGUGCUGGGCCUUCCGGCCCGCGGCCUGGAGGUUGCAGAGGACAGUGGUCUAUCGUGGCGGGAGGAGCAGCCUGGCCCUGCUCUCCAGGUUGGAGCUGUGUACCUGCACGAAGAGGAGGCUGCUCAGGGCCAUCUGGGCCAGGCGAGGGCGUCGGAGCCCACCGAAGCCUCUCUGGGCCUGGGUCCCCGCGGAGAUCCCAUGGUGGUGCUGUCCGUGAUUCCUGGGGCAACUGAGGACCCACAGAGCCCCGAGGCCCGCGAUGGCACCUGCAGUGCACGGGGAGAGGAGGACCGGCGCUGCGGCCGAGAGAACCUUUUCGGACUGCAGGGUGCGGGCGGCUUCUCAGACCGGGAAGAGGAAUACUACUCUGAGCCUGGAGUGGCUGAGGCUGAGCCUGUUGCCACUGAGGAUGCCAAUAGCACCGACAGCCUCAAGUCCCCCAAGGUGAACUGCGAGGAGAGAAAUGUGACCGGGCUAGAAAAUUUCACUCUGAAGAUUUUAAACAUGUCCCAGGACCUCAUGGACUUUCUAAACCCAAACGGUAGUGACUGUACACUGGUCCUCUUCUACACACCGUGGUGCCGGUUUUCCGCCAGCCUGGCUCCUCAUUUUAACUCUCUGCCUCGGGCUUUUCCAACCCUCGGCUUUUUGGCUCUGGAUGCGUCUCAGCACAGCAGCCUUUCUACCAGAUUUGGCACUGUAGCUGUCCCCAACAUUUUGCUAUUUCAAGGAGCUAAACCAAUGGCGAGGUUCAAUCACACAGACCGAACUCUGGAAACACUGAAGGUCUUCAUUUUCAAUCAGACAGGUAUAGAGGCCAAGAAAAACGUGGUGGUAACACAAGCUGACCACAUGGGCCCUCUCCCCAGCACGUUGAUAAAGACCGUGGAUUGGUUGCUUGUAUUUUCCUUAUUCUUUUUAAUUAGUUUUAUUAUGUAUGCUACCAUCCGGACUGAGAGCAUUCGGUGGCUGAUUCCCGGACAAGAGCAGGAGCACGCAGAGUAGGGGGUGGACGACAGUGCUUCGAAGAGGGACCAGUAUCACAGCCGCAGGACUUUCUCCA